GUUCUAAUUCUUGGAAAUUGAAAUAGUGCCACCUCUUUGCUAAUCAUGUUCUCCUGAUACUUUGCCAGUUUUCGAGAUUCUCGAGUUUUGCGAUUUCAAGUCGCCCUUUGUGAACCACCCCCGCGGUGUAGCCAAUCAACUUGCAGCUUAUACCAAGUUUUAGCAUGGUGGACACAGGCCUUUAAGAUCGUGAAGACGGGGAAACUAGGGGAAACGAAUAGUUUAGUUUCCAUUUGAAUUAAAGCAUAGGACACUAGAGGUCUCUCAACGAGUUCACGAAGUUCUUUUAAAUAUAAUACGCACGUACAGUCCAGCAGUGUUUACCAAUUUUAAUGAUUAAUAAAGCACUUGAGGAAGAGUUGAUUAGUUUAUUUGUUUGAUUUGUUGUUGUAGUCUGCACUCUUAAUUCCGUUAAAGUUUGCUAGAAUUCGGAUAUUCGGAAUGAUCUCCACAAUGAGACUUGAAGCUCCUCUCAAACUUUCGCCGAGGAAUCCUGGUGAUGUGUAUUCUCAUGAUUUACAAUUGUAUCAGAACGUUCCGUUUGGCGAGACAACGUUAGACGAGCUGGAGGAAAUCUGUGAAACACGCCUCAAAGUUCUCUGUUUGGUGGAGCGUGUCCAUUUGCUGAAGCUGACAAUGUCGUUGUCUCAACGCAGAGCUGCCUUGGUCGAGGAGCUGCACAAGGAAGAGAUGGACGAAUUUGCGAGAUUGGUUGACAGUUCUGGAUGCAGAUCGCACACCGAUAUGGAUGUCCGUGCCCGAAGAAGAGAUCACGUAUCUCACUUUGUACUAAGAUCCGCAAUCGCCUUCAAUGCCAUCAAGAAACGCUGGUUUUUUAAGCAAGAAGCGAGGCUGUUCAAGAUGCGAUUCUCCUCGUUAGAUAGCGAAGGGAUCAGGCAGUUUAUAUGCGUUAACAAUUUCGACCUGACACCGAUUAGUCGGAGCGAGAAGGAGGCUAUCAAGGAAUAUCUUCAAGCGUCUUCUCCAAACGUUGACGAUAUUGACAACACGCAGUUUUACAAAGUGCCUUUUUCCGAUAUAGCCAAUCUAGUUAAAAAGCGUAAAGUUUUUGUUACGCAGGGCGAAGCUUUUGUACCCGAACGGGAGAUGGCAUUUUUAUUCGUGUCGUACUUCCGAAGAAUUCUCUUGUCAAGUUUCGAAACAGCACGCGAAACUAGAGCCAAUUUGUACAAUGACGAGAGGUUCACUCGGAUUUUUGCCCAUUUGGAAGACAGUAUUCAAACCGAGAGUACUAUUCUAUUACGGGACGAAGAGAUACAACAACACGUUUCGUUCAACCAGUUAGAUAAGCUUGCGGAAACGUCUUAUCCUCUCUGUAUGAGAGUGCUUCACAAGGCGCUAAGGAAGAAUCACCAUCUUACACAUGGCGGUAGAGUACAGUUCUGUUUGUUCCUGAAGGGCAUCGGGCUCUCCCUGUCCGACACAAUGACCUUUUUGAGAGACGAAUUCACGAAAGUAAUGGACGAUGCUGCGUUCGACAAAGAACACGGUUAUACCGUGAGAUUUGUCUUCGGGCAGAAAGGUAGUCGACGCGAUUAUCAGCCUUACACGUGUCUCAAAAUUAUGGAGUCGACCAUUGGACCUAGAGAUCAUCACGGAUGCCCUUUUAAACAUAUGCUGCACGAUAUGCUCGAGGACGAGCUUACUGACUGCGGUUUCAACGCGUUAGAGAGAUCGACGAUAAUGAAAUUGUCCGAGGACGGUCAGUAUUCUGCAGCUUGUAACAAGUGUUACGAAAUUAAACACGAUUGCUUUAACGACGCCUUGUUUAAACAUCCAAAUAUAUAUUUCAAUGAGAGUGUGAAACAUCGCACAUCAUAUCAUGAUACGGAAACGGGAGAUGCACAUUAAUCGUCCGACGAAACGAGAACAUUGAAGAAGUUAGAACUGUUAGGACCGUUGCAAGUUAUAUUUAAUAUCAUCAACAGAAUUAUAUAACGUUGUUUACACAGAUCCCUGAUUGUAAAUAUAUAUAUAUAUAUAUGUAUAAAUGCUAAUUAUUUAAAACUAAAAUAGUUUAACAUUCCCAAGAUAUUUCUCAAGACGGAUAAGCAAUUGACACUGAUUUGUUAGCUAGUUUCGUAUUGCUAAUAACUUGUUAGAGUUAAUAAGUUUUUAGCAAUGUUUUUUAAUUUGAAAUCAGAUUGUCUUUAUUUUAACAUAGUGAACGAAUAAUAAGCAUUUCUUAACACUGAAAAGGAAUUGUUUCCAAUUUCCAAGUUAAUUGCAUUUUGAAUAACUCAAGUUUAAGUAGCUCAUAUAUUUGAAUUUGCGAAGCGUAAUGUGAAACAUUGUAAAAACACGUGCGUUGAUGCCAGAUACAUCCUCGUGCAAUAUUUUUGUUUAGUCGAGAUGUACUUUAAUUCGAAUAAAAUAUUUUCUUUUACAAUCAGUCGGUUGUUGAAUUUAAAAACGCGUUUAGUCCAUCGAUGACUUUUCUCUUUUCCUUCGGUAAAACAAUAGGCUUAAUAGAAAAACGAAAAACGUCACAUAAAAAAAUAUUACCACGAUACAACACAGUAUAAUUUACUAUGUUUCAUGAUUUUUAUUCUGUAGAUUGCUGCGGCGAUACGUAAGUACCGAAUGAUAUAUGUAUGUACAUUUAAGUGAUAGAAGUAACGAGCAAUAUUUAUGUACAAAUACACCGAAUUAUAAACACU